UGACUCACUCCUGCAAUGGCAAUGUUUUGAUACGCGACCAUUGUUGGCUCAAGUGCGGAAGCCAGCAGCAAGAAGGAAAGGUGCAAAGGUAGGAGGACAAGAAAGUGUGAGUAGUGUUGGGAGGGGCUGAUGAGCACACGAGGCGCGGCUAUUCAUAUAGAGGUCGAUGCAUCGCGCCGCCCCUUCUCACCAGCUCCCACGGCAGCAGCCUGCUUGCUCCGUGCGAAGCGAGCCUGCGUGCUAUCCAAAGUGUCGUCGAUGGCUGGGUGACGGACAAGAGGCAGAGUCGGGAGAAGCGCAAUCGCCACCGGGCUGCUUUGAUCUCCGCGAGAAGCCUCGGAGAGCCCCGGAGAUUAGUGCGCGGGCGAGUGACGAGUACGAAAGGCCCCGGAGAUUAGUGCGCGGGCGAUGACGAGUACGAAAGGCCCCGGAGAUUAGUGCGCGGGCGAG